AUGGAUUCAGACGUGGAGCCAAAGAUCAAAGGCGGCGAGGAUGAGGAUCUCGAGAUGGCAGACGCGCCCGGCCAUGCUCCCACCAUGCUUCAAACGACACCUCAAAAUGCAGAGGGAGAACAAACGAAUUCAAACACUGCUCCUUCCUCACAACCCGAUUCUUCGCUUCCGCCUCCAACCAGAAGAGCUCUCUCACCUUCCACCAUUCUGGAAACCACCGAGAAGCCAUCGGAAUCUCAAAAGAUGGGCCCGAAGAAGAAGGGAACCGCUGCGGUCAAGAAGGUUCCGAAGCGACUCAAGGGCGGUCCCUCGAAACCAAGCAAGCCCAAGAAGCAGACUGACGCGGGGUCCACGACAUCAUCUGCAAAUCUACACGACGACUUGGCAGGAGGCUCGGAUGAGGAAUCUGACAACGGACCGUAUUGCAUAUGCCGAGGUCCAGACGACCAUCGAUUCAUGAUCUCGUGCGACAUGUGCGACGACUGGUUUCACGGCGAGUGUAUCGGCAUGAGCAAGGAGGUCGGCGAGAACCUCAUCGAGCGUUUCGUCUGUCCUAACUGCUCAGACGGCGACCAAAACGUCAGUCUCUUUAAGAAGACGUGCUCCUACCGGAAUUGCAUGAAGGCGGCACGUCUCUACGAUGGUCCGGAGAACAGCAGUGUCUUCUGCAGCGAUGAGCACGCGCAUCUGUUCUGGGAGAAGCACAUCGCCGCCCUGCCCAAGAAGCAUUCGUCCAAGAGUGGUUCACAGAACGGACUCACACAGGAGGAAGCUAUGGGUCUAUUAGCUAGCAAGCUUGCAGCCAUCGAUCCGGACGAUGGCAGAUGGAAGGUCCAAACCAAGCCGUUUGCUUCAAAGAACGUCGGAGCUGAAAGCCCGGAAUCCAAGACUAAGAAUCUUAUACCGGCAUACCUCACCCAGGAGGAGAAGGACAUUCUCACAGUCUCGGCUGCCGAACGCAAGAAGCUGGGCGAAGAGGUUCAGCUCUGCCAAAAGAUGCUCCAGCUCCUCGAGUGGUCCAACGACCGGCGAAAGGCCCUCAUCGCCUCCAAGCAGUUCGAGGACGCCGCGUGCGGCUACGACUACCGCCUCGACCAGGUGGGCGUCGUAGGCCCCUUUGCCAACUGGCUCAAAUCGGACGAGGCCAAGGAAGUCUACAAGGCGGGCAACCUGGACGUCGGCAGCCGGCUGAGCGGCGAGGAUAAGAACAUUUGCGACAAGAAGCGCUGCAAGCCCCAUCAAGGAUGGUACUCGAUCCACACUAGAGAUGUGAAGUAUCAGAUGAAGCUCCUGGCCGUGGACGCGAAUACAAAGCUUGACGAGGAGCGCCGCAUCAAGGAGGCGGCGGCGGAGCGGAAGCUGAGGAAGGAGGCGGAACACAACACUGUGCAGCUCGUCCUGCCGGAUGGAGCUCUGGGCCCGCCCAUAGCUACCUGA